AUGGCAUUCGCUGCGAUUAAUUCAAGCGGCAAGCACAUCCCCGCGAUCGAGGAGGCUUUUGCGACUGAGCCUUCUUUGAAGAAACGAGUUUAUGAUGCGAUCGGAUCUACACCACAGCAUACACCCCUCUUUGAGGACCUUGCCCGGUAUACCUCCGUCCUGCUGGCCAGGACUGCGAAAACUGCUUCCCUUCCACUAGUGCCGCCGCCUAGCGAAGGCCCGGCACUGAAGAAACGAAAAAUACAAAAUGGAGUGGCAGAAGCACCGGCGCAGGCGCCGAUUGAUGUCAAGGGCGAUGCGCCCGUUCAAUUUUACGUGCAAGAUGUCUCAUUUGCCAUUCCUCAACGCAAGAAACUCACGCUUGAGGUAACUGCUGGGUUCAGUUACUUGCGCGCGAGGAACCAGACCACCAAGGAGAUUGAAUUCGGCAUUCCCAUGGAUCGAAUUCGCCAUGCCUUGUGCCUCCCGGUACCUGAGAAAACGCAGAAGCAGUUCAAUUUCUGCAUCAUUCCCGAAUACGCCGAUGGUGUCACUCCACCGCCCCAAGGCAUAACGACUUUCGAACCUAUGGUCUUUAUGAUUCCUGAUGGCCCAGCCAAGGCAGCCUUCGAUGGGUCAGGGCAACAAACUGGGAACGAGGCCGGGGAGUCUGCCGAGGCUCUAAUUCGCAAGAUUCUGAAUCAGAAUCUGACCACCACUAGCGUGGUACGACCCGUCGAAAGGCAGUUCGUCAGCGCGAUGUCCGAGGCACAUCGCAAGACUGAGAAGGCGUAUCAUGUGAAGGCGUUCCGAGGCAGCAAGGAAGGCUACCUCUUCCUCCUUUCGACAGGCAUUCUUUUCGCCUUCAAGAAGCCCCUUGUGUUCUUUUCUUUCGACACGAUCGAGUCGGUCUCUUACACUUCAGUCCUUCAACGCACAUUUAAUUUGAAUGUGCUUGCGCGUCCCAGCGGUGGUAGUGAAGAGGAGACACAGGAAUUUGAAUUCUCUAUGAUCGACCAGGCUGAUUUCGACGGCAUUGAUGCCUAUAUCAAGCGCCACGGUCUGCAAGAUGCCAGUCUGGCCGAAGCGCGGCGCGCGAAGAAAUACAAUGUCAAUGGCAGCAACAAGACCGAGGACGGCGCUCCCGGUGCUGACGGCACAGAGCAAGAGGAGAGUGAGCUGCAGAAAGCCCAGCAGGAGUUGGAAGACCUUGAGGAUGAGGAUGAAGAGGACUACGACCCGGGGAGUGACGAUGGCAGUGAUGGCAGUGGAUCAAGUAGCGAGGAGGACUCCGAUGACGAUGACGAAGACGAGGAUGCAGAGGCGGACAGUGAUGGGGAUGGAAAUCUGGUGGAAAACGAGCUUGGCAGCGAAGCCGAGGAUGUCGGCGAUCAGAAGGAGUAG